AUGACAUCCUUUAAAUUGACUCCUACUUUGAAGGAAACCAUAAAUGCAUCUUCUUUAACCAAGGAUCAGAAACAAAAACUAUUAUCCCAUUCACACUUAACUCACGCUGAUUUAAUAAAAUUCUAUCAAACAUGUCACCCAACGUCUACCCUUUUACAAUUGAUUCAACAAACUAAAUUAUAUAUCCCUCCAUACAAAACAUACAUCCAACCCAAAACUUCAGAAUUCAUAAAAACAAUGGAAAAACUUCGUCUUGAAGCCAAGGAACAAGAAUACAGACGAUUGAUUAAUCCUACACCUCAAUAUUCAACUUUAUAUGAUAAAAAAUUGGAAGAUUAUGAUUUGGCACCAACUCCCCAACAAGCACUGAAAGAAUUGAAAAAUCAAUUAACCACAAUUAUAAAUGUUUUUAUUAGUGUUGGUAGUGUAUCAUAUGCCAUUUGGUAUUGGACAGAAACCUCAUGGGGUUUACCAGUUAGUUAUAGAGCAUUAUUGAGUGUGUUUUUCGGUCUUUUAGUAUUGGUUGCUGAAGUGGUUGUAUAUAUGGGAUACAUUAAUAAAAUAGAAGACGCUAGGGAUAAAGAAAGGAAAAAGAAGGAAGUGAAGAAAGUUGUUAGAAGUAUAAAUUUGAAAUUGGAUUAG